AUGUCACAACACCCGCUACGAAACCUCCUACGAUCUUUCUUGACCCUCAAGCUAAUUCAAUUGACAAUAAUAUACUUUACGCCAUCUCGAUUUGACACUUCAUCACAAUUAAUCAUUGAUGAAUUGGCAAUUUCUGAAUAUACAGCAUCACCGUACAAUGCAAUUAUAACAACAAUUUUAAACAAGUUGAUCACUUGGGAUUCGGUUUAUUUUAAUGACUUGUUUGUCAAUGAUGUUGCAUUUGAGCAUCAAUUUGUGUUUUGUCCCGGAUGGAUCAAGAUGAUUUCAAAAUUACCCAGUGAUAACUAUUAUCAAUUACAAUUGUGGAGUAUUUUGAUCUCCAAUUGUUGUCAUUUGGUUUCAGUUUUGGUGUUGUAUUCCUUGAGUAAAAUGGUGUUUGACUCGAAGGUGAGCUAUAUUGCUAGUUUGAUGAUGGUUGUAGCUCCUGCGGGUGUGUUUUUAACGACAAAUUAUUCAGAAAAUUUGAGCAACUUGACUACAUUGUUGACGAUAUACUUGUACUACAAAGCAGUGAAUUUCAAUAAUGUAACCACCAAAAGCAACAAAUCGAUAAAAAGCAUGGGGGUUUAUUGCCUAAGUGGUGUUGUCUGUGCAUUCAGCUUCACUAUUAGAGCAAAUUCGUUACUUGUUGGCAUCUUUUAUUUAUUGGAUUUGUAUGACUUUAGCAUCAUUGAUCAAGACUGGAAAACGAGUAUACAAUCAAUCAUCACUGGGUCCAUUCUUGGGAGCACAUUUAUUGGUCAGAACAUACAUCACUAUCGCACAUUUUGUCCUCAAAGACAAGGUUGGUGUUUAAACAAAUUUCCUAGUUUGUUUCAAUAUGCUCAAUCCCAUUAUUGGAGUAAUGGGUUUUUAUCAUAUUGGACAUUGAACAAUGUACCCAAUUUUAUCCUCGUUGCACCUGUGCUUUUAUGGAAUAUUUAUUCCGUAAAAUCAGCAUGGAAAUUGCUUCCCCAGUAUCGGAAAUUAUUACCGCUAGUUGUCUUGAAUGGUAUGAUAAUAAUCGGUGGUGUAUUCUUUUGGAAUGUGCAAAUUCUCAAUAGGAUCACCAGUUUUUCACCACUAAUUUACUGGCAAUUGGCUUUCGAUUACAAUAAACCUUGGUUCAAGUAUAUUUUGGGGUAUAUUUUGACUUGGAAUUUAAUCCAAACAGCAUUAUUUGCAGCAUUCUUACCACCAGCAUAA